AAUGGCAACUGAGCAAGUCCUUCACAUGAAUGGAGGUACCGGAGAAACAAGCUACGCCAACAACUCUACGUUUCAAAAAAAUGCAAUACUCCGUACAAAUCAUAUCAUGGAAGAGUGUAUAACCAAGUUGUAUAGGACAACUUUACCAGAGUGUUUGAAAGUGGCGGAUUUAGGGUGUUCAUCAGGUCCAAAUACACUUAUGGUAGCAUCUACCAUUGUCAAAAUUGUUGAUGCCGUGAGUCAAACCUUGAAUCAAGACCCACCCAUGUUCCAGUUCUUCCUCAAUGAUCUAUAUGGCAAUGAUUUCAAUACCAUAUUUAAGUCACUCCCUGAUUUUUACAAGAGGAUGGAAGAGGAAAUUGGUCACAAAUUUGGACCAUGUUUUAUUAGUGGCACCCCUGGCACAUUUUAUGGGAGACUCUUCCCCAACCAUUCCAUUCACUUCUUUCAUUCUUCCAGCACCUUGCACUGGCUUUCUCAGAUUCCGAAGGAGUUGAAUAGUGAAGCAGGAAAGUCAAUGAACAAAAGAGCAAUAUGUCCCACAUCGGAGAGCCCUCCAGGAGUUCACAAAGCGUAUAGUGAGCAAUUUCAAAGAGACUUGAAGGUGUUCUUGCGAUCACGUUCAGAAGAAUUGAUUCCUGGUGGUGCUAUGGUCCUUGCUUUCAUCAUUUCAGACCAAAAUCAUAAUAUCAAAGGUUGGGAGGUAUUUGGUGGUAUAUUCAACGACAUGGUCUCAGAGCAUAUGGUUGAGAAGAGAAAGUUAGACUCAUUCAACAUAUCAUCAUACUUUCCUACGGCCGAAGAGGUUAGGCAAGUAAUUGAGGAAGAAGGAUCCUUUAAUAUUCAAAGGAUGGAGAAGACAAUAUAUGAUACGAUGGAGAGUGUAAUGGAGAUUGGUAAUGAGGAUGAAGACACGUUCGCAGAGAGGCUUACCAAGACCAUGAGAGCCGCAACCGAACCCAUUUUUAAGGCAGAAUUUGGGGAAGAAAUUAUGGAUGAAUAUUUCACAAGGUUGCAAAGCAAAAUCAUCCAACUCCACAGAGUAGAGAGAUUGAAGGGUGCUAAUCUAAUCGUCCACAUGACAAAAGAUACUUGAUAACUAGAGACAAAAGGAAUAAUAAUAUGGUGAAAACUU